UUCUCGAAGUAUGGGAGUCGGAAGCUCUGCAAAUAACCCUCGCCCCGGUACAACUGUAAUGGUAGCCUCAAAGCGCCCCCAGACUUCUAUCUCUGGACAUUCUGUUCUCUCUUCUGAAAGAUCUAAUGACCACAGAAGUUCUGAGCACCAUGAUACCAGCAACAGACCCACGAAUUCGUGCUGUUCUCACUUUCGAGAGAAUCACGCUGCUGCCACACGGACAGUCACACCAGUAACACGGACUGCACCAACAAAUGGCAGUAUCGAUGACGAAAUCGAAGAAAUUGUGGCCAAUACCUUGGACUUAACAACUAACACUAGAAAUUCUAGGCAAUCUACCUCUGUUGCAAGAGAUAAUCAUAGCAGCGAAGAAACUAAUACGAGUACCGAGGGUGUUCAGAGUACAUCUGAACAUCAACGGACGUUACAAUCUGGUAGUAAUAGAAUACCUCAGAAGAGGUCGAGCUCCGACGAAAUUGAUGCAGAAAAUGAUAGUCAUUACGAUGCCAAAGAUGCAGUGCCGGAAGUUGAUUUUGCCAAGUUUAAAAAAGUCAACCAUAAGGGGGCGACACUGCAAAAGAAUGGAAGGAUAAUUCAUCAUCAAGAAAGUGACCUCCUUUGGCGAUUGGGUCUCAUAAGUCCAGAAGCUUACAAAAUUACAACAGGAACGAGGGGGCUGGAUGGCUUACCUCACCGUAGAACCAGAUCUGCUCCAAGUAACCAAGGACCUUACCUGAAAACUCCAAGUUACGAUUUAACAGAAGAGCAACUUAUGGCAAAUAUAGAAAAAGAAUUCGAGCUUACGACAGCUAUGUGACUAUGAGGAACAAGUCUCUAAAGAAACUGUGUGAUUGACAAGAAAGUUUAAUAAUAUUCAAACAAUACAUCUGUUACAUUAUUUAAAUACUUAAUUCUACGUUAAUGUCAGUUCAUAGUCAUCAUCUUUAAUGGUGAAUUAUCUUAAAAAUUUCAUUAUAACACGAUGCUGAAACCACAAGAGAAACUUAACUUCAGCAACAUUUAGUGCUGAUCUCAAGAGUGGACAUCAUCAUGAGAUAUGGACCAAAAAGCAACACAAGCAUGAAGCCCAAUAAGAACCUAAUGUAACAUGCCAGUUAACCUAAUUUGAAUGGUGAACUAACAAAUUCAAUUGAGGAAGGAAGAUUAUUAACCAUGGUUUUGCUUGAAUUGUAAAUAUGUCAAAGUAUUUUUAUGAGAAAAACAUUAAGUUGUGUAAAUUAAGAAAUUAAUACUUUGUAUUUUACUUCUAAAUAUGAUAGGCAAACAAAGUCAUCCCAAAAGGCAAGUUUUUAUUUUAUUAAAAAUAUGAAUCUUCCACUAAGAUUAUAAAGUGAUUCCGAGGAAAAAUUCGGGAAACAUUUGAAAAAAAUCUUAAUUUCAUGUUACUUUAUAUUUCAUAGAUCUGUAUUAUAUCACCUAUUUUUAUUGGAAUUGUAUGUUUUCUGUUUACUUACUUUAAUUGUUUUCAUUUAUGUGCUUGUUUAUUCUUAUUUUUUAAGAAUUUUUACCCUCCCUCCCAUGUGUGCAGAUAAUCACAAACACCAUCUUAAUUAGAAUAAUUUAAAAGGAGAAAUAAAGAAACAAGUUUUUGACUGAUAAGAAUUCUACUUCUGAAUUCGGUGAAAAUUCUAAAAGUGCCAAAAUUAAUUCUUUCAAAUUGCAGUUAAAAAAAUCGGUCCUAGUUACAUAUUCGCUUCCUUUGCCUAAGAAAUUUAGUUUUGAAAAACAAAGUAAAAGAGGGAAUUAAAUCGUUUGAUUUAUUCAAGAAGCAAAUGGCACUUUCAUAACUUCGCCUGACACUGUUUUGCGUUUGCUUUAUAUGAAUUCUUCUCAAAUGUAUCUUUGCUUUAGAUUAUUCGGAUAUAUUUGUUUUCGUAGUUCUUAAUUAAAACUUUAAUUAGAUGCAAAUGUGCUUAUGUUAUGUUAAAUAAACCCUUUAUUUCACUGAUAUUCAUUUGCGAAAAUAUGUUAAUUUAAUUUUUUAAAUUUCUCAAUUUUUAAUUUAAUUUUAUUUCUUGUUUUUUUGAUCCUAAAAUUAAUUAACUUCAUCUGGUAAUUUUUGUUUUGGAACUAGAAUAAUUUUCUACUUGACUUAUUCAAAAGAA